AUGGAUGAAAAUGAAUUUGGUACAUUUCGGUCUACGUACAGAAUUACAUCGUUCCUGUUGUGUAUCACGAUGAUGUACCCCAACCGGAACACAAUUAAACAGCGCCUUUUGGGAUUCGCCCUCGAAACAUUGUUUUUCCUCCCAAUGGUAUUGAUACUGUUGUUCAACACGUUCGAUUGUCUCAUCAGGCGCGACAUCCUCAAUCUCACACAUCACUCUACCGUCGUGGGACCAUACUUCGGUGGCUUGAUAAAGAUAGUGAUAUCAAACUAUAGGGCUCUGGAAGGAGAGAUGUUGAUCGCGGAGAUCGACCGCGACUACGCCAUGUACAACACUCUUCCUGAGAAGUACCACAUCAUCGUGCGGGGUUGGAUCAGGAACUCGCAGAUCUACGCUGAAAAGUUCUGGAACCUAAUGGUCGCUGUGUCCGGCUUCACGUACCUCAGCAUGACGGUAUUCGUCAACAUCAAGAGUCAGCUGUACAACGAGAUCCCCAAACGGACGCACAUACACGACGCAUUGAUACCCUUCGCAGACCCCGACCUUAGAUUCCAGACGCCGUAUUUUGAGUUUAUGUUCGGUCAGUGCAUGAUCGGAGCUCUUCUCAUCACUAUAUACUAUCUCGGAUUUGAUUCGUUCUUCGCACUCGCUCUCAAUCACGCCUGCUUGAAAAUCGAGAUAUUCUGCGAGUUGCUGGUCGACGCUAUGGAAGUUAAGAAUAAAAAGAAGAGAUUGAAGAAGAUAGAGUUCGUCAUAAAGGAACAUUUGAGAUUGUUUACAUACAUUGAAACAGUUCAAAAUUUUUUCAACAUAUAUCUCGGCAUCGUGCUUUUUGCCACCUUGAUACAAAUUGGAACUUGUCUUUACCAUAUCACUGAAAACGAGGAACAGGAUUACCAGCGUCUGAUGAUAACCGUCGUCGCCAUCGGUGCUAUUUACCUACCCUGCUACUACUCCUCCAAAUUAAAACUUGUAGCCAAUGACUCCGCUACAAAAUUCUAUUUUGCUGGGUGGCAUAAGGUACCCUGUAUAACAACGAGAAAGAUUGUUCUGUUUAUGAUAGCCCGAGCUCAGAUAUCUGUGUUGAUAAUGGGUUUCAAUUUUAUUAUAUUUGACAUGCAGCUGUUUCUUUCCAUAUUACAAUCUGCCUAUUCCAUUUACACUCUACUAUGUUCAUAAAUGAGUUAGAGCUGUAUAUAUAAUACGAUAAGCACCAGAAGUAAUAUGUACGUAACAUAAUAUUACCUACUUUAUGACUUACUUACGUGGUCGUAGCACGAAUACAAGUAGUAUGACAAAUAAAAAUCUCAUCUAAUUAA